AUGGUGAUGGUUAUGGCCCCAAACAAUCACAGUGCUGUCAUGCAAAGCAGAACAAUUGAUUAUAACAGAAAAAGAGGUGGAGCCUACUCUCAGAUUUACAUAUCAGGUGGUAGGAUAGAAGCCAGUUCCUACAAGUAUGACAGAAAAUCCAAACCGAAAAGUAGCAGGGCACAAUCCAACCGUAAGGAAUCCAUAGACUUAGAGAUGCGCUACGUAGACAAAGAGUAUGGGAAGAAUGAAAGGGAAGAGAGAAUCCAGAUAGAAGUGGAGCAUGGGGAGCAAUACAAAAUCCUGAAGGGAAAAAGGAAGGAGCGUGUUCGCUUGGGGGGCACAGGUAUUCUAAAUGGUCUGCUGGAUGAAUUGCUACAGAAGCAAGUGCUGAACCAGGAGGAGAUGCAGAUUAUAAGACGUGAAUAUACGGCAGUUAUGGACAGGGUCUGAGCUUUGGGGGAUGCCCUCAUCGCCAAGGAGCCCCAGGCCGGCCAGAUCUGUAGCAGUCACCUCUGUGAGGAAGACUGCCACCUCGCUAGGACACUGGGACUCCGCAGCGUUUGCCAGGCAGUACAGGACAAUCAAUCUGUGUUCAUGUCCUUAGGACCAGCAGGAAGCCUGGAGUUUUGCUCCCUGGAAAUGGCCCAAGAGAUAUGGAAAGAAAAGUCAGCAGAGACUUAUCCAAUAAUGAAUCAGUUGACCCGCACACGUCUUGCCCUCAUUAUCUGCAACAGAGAGUUCGACAAUCUUCCCAAAAGGACUGGAGCUGAAGCUGAUAUCAGAAAUAUGAAAACACUUCUAGAAGGCCUGGGAUACCAAGUGAUUGUGAGAGAAAAUCUCACGGCUUUGGAAGUGGCUACAGAGGUGAAGGCAUUUGCAGCCAACCCCCAACACAAGACCUCUGACAGUACUUUUCUGGUCUUCAUAUCUCAUGGCACUCACGGUGGCAUUUGUGGAAAGAAAUUCUCUCCAGGGGAUGUAGAUCUGUUACAGGUCAACACCAUCUUUCCAAUGUUGGACACUAGCAACUGUUCAAGUUUGAAGGACCCACCCAAGGCGAUCAUCAUCCAAGCCUGCCAUGGAGAGAAGCAAGGUGUGGUGUGGUUAAAGGAUUCAACAAGACACCAUGGAAAUAUAAUCUUCAAUCCCAAAGGUUUGGAGUUUGAAGACACAAAUAUUGGCUAUGUAGAUGAUGUGCUGGUUCUCUGCACUUCAACAUCAGAUAAUAUUUCUUGGCGACAUCCUGAAAGGGGCUCUCUUUUUGCUAUAAAACUUAUUGAAAUUAUGCAAGAGUAUGCCUGGUGCUGUGACCUGCAGGAAAUUUUCCAAAAGGUUCAAUUUUCAUUUGAAGUACCAGAGCCUGUGGAACAGAUGCCCACUACCGAUAGAGUGACUUUGACAAAACACUUCUAUCUCUUCCCAGGACAUUAA